AUGCCAGCAAACGGCUUCAUCGCUCCGUUCGACCUGAAGCUGGAUCGACUGAUUGAAGGCGGAAACGUUGGCGGGAACUACCGUGCCAAGUGGCUAGACGUCGAUGUUGCAGUCAAACUGUUUGUUCUAGACGCCAGCACGACAACAUUCGCAGACGAAGUGGCAGCGUGGCACCAGCUGCGCCACCCGAAUGUGAUCAGCUGUACGGCGCGUGCGAUGUCGGUCACCACUUCUUCGUCUAAGCGUGGGAAAUAUCGCACGCCGUGGAAGUUUUUGUAUGAAGCUGCGUUGGGCCUCGCGUACUUGCAUGAACGCAAAAUCGUGCACGGGAACUUGUGCAGCAACAGUAUUUUGAUCGGAAGUGAUGGUUUGGCCAAGCUGGCGGAUUUUGGAGUGAGUGGCUUGAUUUUAGACGGGUAUGGCUCCGUUCGCUGGCAAUCUCCUGAGCAGGUCCCGCGGGGACGCAUCGAUGAUGAUAGCAUUUGCAAGAUGUGGAAGGCGGAGUGGAACGCGGAUAACGACUUUUACAGUCCUGCCCAAUCCGGACUAGUGGUUCAAAUGCUGGAGCGCUUAGCAGCUCAAGAAUUCCAGGGACAGCAACGAGUGCAGUCAAACCCGGAGCCACUCGAACACAUCGACGACUAUAAAUGCGGAGAUUUGUUCGAAGAGCAAAAACUGCGUCGAGAGGAGCAGCACGCGAUGCAGAUGAAAGCAUUUGUUUCGGUCUCGCAGACGCUAAUAAUUUUGGACGAGUUAAAGACGGAAGAUGAACGCAACAUCUUCGUGGCAUUCCUGAAGAGAGAGAUCGACUGUCACAGCUCCGCGUACUCGGCAGGUCAACUGACCGUACUCAAGAAGGCUCACGCUGACAUCAGUGCACGGCUCCAGUCAGACGCGGUGGUAUCGACUCCCAAGUGGUUUCUACCUUGGUACGAAUUGGAGUUUGACGGCGCGAGUUACCUGGCGGAAGGAGCGUUCGGUACAGUUUACCGCGCGAAGUGGCUCGAGUCCGACGUGGUCGUGAAGCAACUUAAGCGGACAAAGUCGAGCGAUGAGUGGGCUGAUGACAGCUUGUUGGCUUCGACUCCUGAAACAGACAGUAAGAGACAGGCACGCACGGAGACUCGAGAGAUGUUUGACCGUGAGGUCAAGUACGCAAGCAACGGGUCACUGGAUAAAUAUCUGCGCAAAAUCCCCAUGAGAUAUGGCAAAAGCUGCACGAGGCUGCCCUACCUCCACUCACGCGGCCAAACCCAUCGCGACCUAAAAUGCAACAACAUUGUUGUCGGCGGUGAUAACAAGGCCAAGGUGACGGAUUUCGGACUGAGCUCUGCCAAUGUCGUAACUGGUGCGUGGCGCUGGGUAGCACCCGAGUGUCUAAAGGAAGGAUCCUCGGCGCUGUCACUUGCAUCCGACAUCUACGCGUUCGGAAUGUGCAUCGUGGAGGCUUUGCGCGUUGUGGAGAUUGCUGCCAUGAAGGAUAACCAGAACGGUCGUACUCCACUUCCAUGGGGGAUUCUUGAUAAUUGUGCAGUCAAGCAUCGUGUGACAGUUUUUAGGGAGCUGCCGUGUCGCCCGCAGAUUUGUACGAAGGAGCAAUGGGAGCUGGUGAAGCGUAUGUGCGCGUAUGAGCGAGCGGAUCGAAUCAAGAUCAGUACGGUGGUGGACGAGCUCGCCGCUCUGACAGAUGUGGACUCAGCUCUAGAGCCUGAACCAGAGUCAGCGAAACUCUCAAGAGAGCAAGUCGCCGGGCUAUUUGAAGGAAUGAAGCGCUGCUGUCGUCUUGAGAACCCGGGAGCGCUCUCCACGAACCAAGUUGUGCUGCGUUCGGUGUAUGGUCUUCUGUGGGAUCGGCUGAAGGACCUGUGCGCUACAGGGAAAUGUGGAUCUGGAGUUUUUGAUCAGAUUGAAGCGCUUGUUGGCCGCGCUCGGGUGAGCACACAGCGACUGGAACAAUGCCCUGAAACACUUACUGCUUUCACCGAGAACGCAAUGAAUGGGUACGCUCUGCAUCGUGAGCUGGAUAAAGCUGUCGACGCCACUUCUGGCGAGUUAACUCUGCAAGUGGAGAAGAACUGCACGACUGGAGGUCAAAAUGCUACGCAGUUCUGGGAGCACCAGGGUUUCAGGAACACAUUGGUCAUUCAAAGUAAGCAAUUCAGGCAGCAACCAUAA